UGGUGAGUUUUCUCCUGUAUUUCUGAGACCAGUAGUUCCAGUACCAUGCUCCCAAUAUUGCUGCUAUUGCUAUUGAGUCUUAGUCCGGAUGCAGCUGAGAAAAAGGGCUUGCUUGAUAAUAUUCUUGGUGGGAUAGCUGAAGGUUUUGUAGAAGCACUUAAAGAGAUCAUAUAUGAUUACGAGGAUGACUAUGAAGAAGGAUCUGAAACCAGCAAUGACUGGCUAUUAGAUCUCUUUGAAGAUAUAGAUGCGUGCGACCCAAAUCCCUGUUACAAUAACGGAACUUGUGAAAAUGACGAAGACGAUUUUAAUUGUAUCUGCCCUCGGCCUUUCAAGGGCAAAAGGUGUCAAGACAUUAUAAAUGUGUGUAAAAAUGUUAAAUGUGGACGUGGUGAGUGCGUCCGGAUUGAGACAGAGCCCUUCUAUGAGUGCAAGUGUAAAGCACCUUACCUACCUCCCAACUGCAAGAGACCCUACGCAUGUAAUCCGAGCCCCUGUUUAAAUGGUGGAACGUGUGUAAAGGGUGUCACAAGGUCCAAAUUCACCUGUGUAUGUCCUGAAAACUACAGUGGAAAGUUCUGCCAAGUUGCUCCUGAUGACUGUUAUGAAGGUGAUGGUGAAUCAUACAGAGGUUUUACUAGUGAAACUGUGUCUGGACUGGAGUGUCUGCCCUGGAACGCCAACCUCAUCCCAUAUGUUGGUGAUUUUGAUGAUGAAGAUGCUGCUACUGAUGAAGAUGACGGAAUUGGACCACAUAACUAUUGCAGAAACCCAGAUGGGGAGAAUCAGCCCUGGUGCUUCAUUAGAUACAAGAACGAACUACGAUGGGAUGACUGUAAUGUCACACGUUGUCCUGAACCAGUUUCCCCAACUCAAGAAACAACCACUCAAGCUCCAACAGUAACAUCAGUGGUCACCACACCUGCUUCAAAGGCUGAGUUCUCUGAGUGCGGGAAGCCAAAGCAGAGCAGGAUUAUGGGUAAAAUCUUUGGUGGUAGGAAGGCCAAGCUUGGGGCUCAUCCCUGGCAGGUCUCUCUUCAAGUACGCAGCAAAAACAGUACUGGUGCCUUUACUCACAAUUGUGGAGGAAUACUGCUCAGCUCCUGCUGGAUCCUUACUGCUGCUCACUGCAUUGACGACACAUUUGAGAUGCAGGUGGGUUUGGGUGGAGUGAACCUAGAGAAGGUGGAGGCUGCAGAUCAGACUGUAGAGGUUGAAGAUUACAUUGUCCAUGAGAAAUAUGAAGAAACUGAUGAGGCCUUGUUCAAUGACAUCGCUCUGCUCAAACUAAAGGCUGUGGACGGAGUGUGUGCCCAGGAGACCAGAUUUGUUAAGGCUGCAUGUCUGCCCACUGGCCCUUUACCUGAUGGGAUGGAGUGCACUAUAUCAGGAUAUGGAGUUACUGAAAAAGAUGAACGAGGAUCCAACCAUCUUCUGGAUGCAAAGGUUCUACUGAUCAACCAGCAGCGCUGCCAGGCUCCUAACGUUUAUGACAAUGUGCUGGAUGAUAGCAUGCUCUGUGCUGGACGUAUGCAAGGAGGGAUUGAUUCAUGCCAGGGUGACUCUGGGGGCCCUCUGGUCUGUAAGCAGAACGAGACACAUUACAUUUAUGGAGUGGUGAGCUUUGGAGACAGCUGUGGAAAGAAGAACAAACCUGGCAUUUAUGCCCGUGUUACCCACUUUAUUGACUGGAUCAAUAAGAAGAUGCAAUCCACAUAAAGUUCAUCUACAGAUUUCCUGCAUGCAAGUAAUAACUGACCAAUGCACCUCAAAGUGAAUCAGUGAAUAGAUAACAUUGUGCAGAAUCUUUAACUGUAGAUCACAUGGCUGUAAGUUAUAUACCAUCACAUACCUUUACCUCAGCUUAGAAUUUUUAUAGUCGUCAUACUUAAAAAGCUAGACCUGCCAGACAUAAAGUAUAUAAAUAUCUCUGAAAUAUCAAACAUCUUUCAAAUAUCAUUUAUAAUGUAAAAGUUCAAAAAUAAUGCUACCAUGGAAUAUAUAUUUUUAGUAUAUGGCAUUUUCCUUAAAUAAAUCUUUAUGUUUAUUAAUAUUAAAAAGAAAGACAUCUCUUUUUCACGUACAUCAUUCUUUCUUUAAAACUUUCAUUUGUACUUUCAAUUUAUAAUCUCCCCAAAUGCAUAAAUAAAUAAAAGUUGUACACUUUUA